AUGUCAAAGAAUGAUUCUUCAACAACCAAUUCAAAUCUGGACAUUACUAUUCAUUCAUCAUCAGAUAACAUCGUUUUUCCAAAACCAGUUUCUGAUUCUGCUGAAAAUAUACAUGUCUCCAUACCUUUUAAUUCCCAACAACAAUUCAAUAAUCAUCCUAGUCCAGAAAACACAGAUUCAAUAAAUUUAAAUGAUGAGAAUCAAUUUCCUACUCUGAGAAGAUCAACUCGGCAACACAAAGCACCUGGUUACCUGCAAUCAUAUCAUUGCAAUCUGGCUGACUCUACUACUCAAACAUCUUUCACAAAUCCUGCUAUUACUACAGAUGGUUCUAUUGAGAGGCAUAAGGCUAGACUUGUAGCCAAAGGGUAUACUCAAAGAGAAGGCCUAGAUGUUUUUGAAACUUUCUCACCUGUUGCAAAAAUGGUCACUGUUAGAUGUGUCUUAUCAUUGGCUGCUAUACAUAGUUGGCAUCUUUUUCAUUUAGAUGUCAACAAUGCUUUUUUAUAUGGAGACUUAGAUGAAGAAGUUUUUAUGAAACCACCUCCUGGUUAUCUACCUAAGGGGGACUCUCGGGCAGAUUAUUCUUUGUUUACUAAGAAGGAAGGAAAUUCAUUUCUGGCUUUAUUACUUUAUGUGGAUGAUAUCCUGCUUGCUAGCAGUGAUUUAGAGGCAAUUGACUCUGUAAAAGCAGCUUUAACUCUUCAAUUUAAAUUGAAAGAUUUGGGACCAGCCAAGUUUUUUCUCGGGAUGGAGAUUGCAAGAUCACAAAGAGGCAUUUCUUUGUCUCAAAGAAAAUAUACUCUAGAGCUGUUAGCAGAUUUUGGAUUGUUAGCUGCCAAACCUGCUUUGUUCCCAAUGGAUACUCAUGCUAAACUGUCAAAGGAUGAAGGUGAUUUACUUGAUGAUAUUACUGGUUAUCGAAGAUUGAUUGGUAGACUAAUUUACCUCACCCAUACCAGACCAGAUAUUACAUUUGCAGUCCACCAUUUGAGUCAAUAUCUGGACAGUCCUCGAGUACCUCAUCUUCAAGCUGCAAUGAGGAUUCUUAGAUACUUAAAAUUAGCUCCUGGACAGGGUCUUUUAUUUCCAAGUGAUUCCAAGGUGCAUAUAAAGGCAUUUUCAGAUUCGGACUGGGCAAGUUGUAUAGAUACCCGCAGGUCUCUUAGUGGCUAUUGUGUUUUCAUUGGUGAUUCUUUGGUAUCUUGGAAAUCAAAGAAGCAACAUACAAUUUCUAGGAGCUCAGCAGAAGCUGAAUACAGAUCAAUGGCAUUUACAGUUUGUGAAAUAAUCUGGAUUUGA